UGGCCGCGGCGGAGGACGAGCUGCGGAGCCGGGGGAGUCCGCGCGACCCCGGUCCCCACCGGGAGGAGUAACCAAUGUGAAACAUGUUGUAGAAGUAUUCAAGAAGUGGCUGAAGGAAGGAAGGAAGUGCCACUGCCUAUCAGAAAAUAAAACAUGGGAAAUACAACCACCAAAUUCCGCAAAGCACUCAUCAAUGGUGAUGAAAACCUGGCUUGCCAAAUAUAUGAAAAUAAUCCUCAGCUAAAAGAAUCCCUUGAUCCAAAUAUAUCCUAUGGAGAGCCCUAUCAGCACAACACUCCCUUACACUAUGCUGCUAGACAUGGAAUGAAUAGAAUAUUAGGGACUUUUCUUUUUGGUAGAGAUGGAAACCCAAAUAAACGGAAUGUGCACAAUGAAACAUCUAUGCAUUUGUUGUGUAUGGGACCUCAAAUCAUGAUAUCUGAAGGAACCCUUCAUCCUCGCUUAGCACGCCCUGUGGAAGAUGAUUUCAGAAGGGCAGAUUGUCUGCAGAUGAUCUUAAGAUGGAAAGGAGCAAAACUUGACCAGGGUGAAUAUGAGAGAGCAGCUAUUGAUGCUGUUGAUAACAAAAAAAACACACCCCUUCACUAUGCUGCAGCCUCAGGGAUGAAAGCCUGUGUAGAGCUUUUAGUAAAACAUGGAGGAGACUUGUUUGCCGAAAAUGAAAAUAAAGAUACUCCUUGUGAUUGUGCGGAAAAGCAACACCACAAAGACCUGGCCCUCAGUCUGGAGUCUCAGAUGGUGUUCUCUCGGGACCCAGAGGCUGAAGAGAUAGAAGCUGAGUAUGCUGCGUUAGACAAACGAGAGCCAUAUGAAGGACUCAGGCCCCAAGAUCUUCGUAGGUUGAAAGAUAUGCUUAUUGUGGAGACGGCAGACAUGCUCCAGGCCCCUCUGUUUACUGCUGAAGCGCUGCUUCGAGCUCACGAUUGGGACAGGGAGAAAUUACUUGAAGCUUGGAUGUCCAACCCAGAGAACUGCUGCCAACGGUCAGGGGUGCAGAUGCCAACUCCACCACCAAGUGGGUACAAUGCCUGGGACACGCUUCCUUCUCCGAGAACUCCAAGGACCACGCGCUCUUCUGUCACCUCUCCAGAUGAAAUCAGCCUGUCUCCUGGGGAUCUAGAUGCCAGUUUGUGUGACAUCUGUAUGUGCAGUAUCUCUGUGUUUGAGGAUCCAGUGGACAUGCCCUGUGGACAUGAUUUUUGUAGAGGCUGUUGGGAGUCGUUUUUAAAUAUGAAAAUUCAAGAAGGUGAAGCCCAUAACAUUUUCUGCCCUGCCUACGAAUGCUUUCAGCUUGUGCCUGUAGAUGUCAUAGAGAGUGUAGUUUCUAAGGAGAUGGACAAACGAUACCUGCAGUUUGAUAUUAAGGCCUUUGUUGAAAAUAAUCCUGCCAUUAAAUGGUGUCCUACUGCAGGCUGUGAAAGAGCGGUCAGACUAACAAAACAGGGAUCAAAUCCAUCUGGUUCUGACACACUCAGCUUCCCAUUGCUGAGAGCCCCUGCUGUGGACUGCGGCAAAGGACACCUCUUCUGCUGGGAGUGCCUUGGUGAAGCACAUGAGCCUUGUGACUGCCAAACAUGGAAAAAUUGGCUACAAAAAAUAACUGAAAUGAAGCCAGAAGAACUUGUUGGAGUCAGUGAAGCCUAUGAGGAUGCUGCCAACUGUCUGUGGUUGUUAACUAACUCCAAGCCUUGUGCGAACUGUAAGUCUCCAAUACAGAAGAAUGAAGGCUGCAAUCACAUGCAGUGCGCCAAGUGCAAGUACGACUUUUGCUGGAUUUGCUUAGAAGAAUGGAAAAAACAUAGUUCUUCCACUGGAGGUUAUUACAGAUGUACUCGCUAUGAAGUCAUUCAGCAUGUAGAAGAGCAAUCCAAGGAAAUGACUGUGGAGGCUGAGAAGAAACAUAAACGGUUUCAGGAACUUGACAGAUUUAUGCACUAUUACACAAGAUAUAAAAACCAUGAGCAUAGUUAUCAGUUAGAACAACGCCUUCUUAAAACAGCCAAAGAAAAGAUGGAACAAUUGAGUAGAGCUCUCAAAGAAACUGAAGGAGGCUGUCCAGACACCACUUUCAUCGAAGAUGCAGUACGCGUUCUCCUAAAGACUCGACGCAUCCUCAAGUGUUCUUAUCCAUAUGGAUUUUUCUUAGAACCUAAAAGCACAAAGAAAGAAAUUUUUGAACUAAUGCAAACAGACCUAGAAAUGGUCACUGAAGACCUUGCCCAAAAAGUCAACAGGCCUUAUCUUCGUACUCCCCGCCACAAGAUCAUCAGGGCAGCAUGCCUGGUACAGCAGAAAAGGCAAGAAUUCCUGGCAUCUGUAGCUCGUGGUGUUGCUCCUGCAGACUCACCGGAUGCUCCCAGGCGCAGCUUUGCCGGUGGAACUUGGGAUUGGGAAUAUUUAGGAUUUGCAUCACCUGAGGAAUAUGCUGAAUUUCAGUAUCGGAGGAGGCAUAGACAGCAGCGCCGUCGAGGAGACGUGCACAGCCUGCUCAGUAACCCCACAGAUCCAGAAGAACCAAGCGAAAGCACUUUUGCAGAGAUACCAGAUGGUGGCAGCAGCCGCAGGCCUGGCACAUCCGUGGUAAGCUCUGCGUCUAUGAGUGUCCUGCACAGCUCCUCCCUGCGGGACUACAGCCCUGCCAGUCGUUCUGCAAACCAGGACUCUCUCCAGGCUCUGAGUUCCCUGGAUGAAGAUGACCCCAACAUACUCCUUGCCAUACAGCUGUCACUGCAAGACUCUGGGCUGGCUGUCGGUGAAGACACCAGACACUUCCUUAGUAACGAAGCCUCCCUAGGAGCCAUCGGCACUUCCUUACCUUCGCGGCUGGACUCAGCACCCAGGAGCACAGAGAGUCCUCGGGCUGCACUGAGCAGCUCUGAGCUGCUGGAGCUUGGUGACAGCCUCAUGAGACUAGGAGCAGACAGUGACCCAUUCUCAACUGACACUUUGAGUUCACGCCCUCUCAGUGAGACAAGAAGUGAUUUCUGUCCCUCUUCCAGUGACCUUGACUCAGCUGGCCAGGACCCCAGUGCCAAUGACAAUCUUCUUGGCAAUAUUAUGGCUUGGUUUCAUGACAUGAACCCUCAGAGUAUCGCCCUGAUUCCUCCAGCAGCAGCCACGGACAUUAGUGCAGAGCCUCAGCUUCCCUCUAUCGGAGGUGGGUCAGAAGAUGUGAGGGACAUGGAACUGGUGCCACCAGAAGAAGACUCAGUGUCCAGAGACAUUGUCCAUGAAGGUGUCCAUGAAGGAGAAGGAGCCCAGAUGGAAGAGAACAGUCCAGCCAGGGAAGAGUUGUCUCAAGCUGGUGACAGUAGUAAUGAAGCAGUUGGCAGAGGGGAUGGGUCAGAUGCGGCCAGUCAAACCCCUCAAACCUCAAGUGACUGGCCUGAGCAAGUACAUUUAGUAUGAAAUGCACACAUUUGCUCUCCGGGUAAAUCGCAGUACAGGGACCUGCUAGGUGGCGUGUGCUUUAUAGAGACUUGGACUUAAUCUGAACUCAGUUGUAAAUCACUGACAUUAGGAUUGAAUGCAAAAGAGUUCCCUCAGACGGUAGCUACAGUGCCGACUUUAACCUUACAGGGAGUUUCUUUUGUAUUUAUCCCUUUUUUAGUGACAAAAAGGAGCUGGAGAAAACGCAGUGGAAAAAGUGGGUUGGCGCCCACAUUCUGAGAAAAUGCAGUGCUGUCUAGCCUGGAGGUGGCAGUACUUCAGUUGACCGUUUAAAUCAAAAGCUUACUCCUUACUCCUUAGAUGGCUUUCCUCUUUUUUAAAAAAGUGAAAAGUUUUCUUCAUUGUAGAAGUUGGGCUGGACAGUCCUGAUAAUGUGUCCUCAGUAUCUGUGUCCUCUUCGGGAGCCUCCUUCCCCUGUCCGAGCAGUAUGAGCUGAGGUAUCCAUGCCGCUUUCAGUGCUGCAUCUACCACAGUGUGAGUGGUUUUGUUUUCACAUGAAUCAAAGAUUCCUCCUUCUCACGUCUAUUCACAGUCCAAUUGUGCCAAACUCUGACUAACAAGGCAUUUAGGUGUGCUGCCUCCUGGUGUGCUCCAGGGCAGUGUCGCUGUUCUCGGGAGUAAAAGUGCCACUCGGUAGCAAUGACGUCCAGAACUUAAUAGGCUUUUGUUGCCAUGGAGACUGCAUUUAAAUAAAUGUAGCCUGUAGCUUAAGUAAACUAAAACUAAUGCUGCUGUUAAAACAGUUUAUUUUAAUAUUAAAAUACAGUUGAUUAGCAACAGCGGUGCUGUAUUUAAGAGACACUUUAUUGGAAGUGCAAUCAUAGUUCUUUGUUUUCACAAUUUUACAGUGCAUUCUAAUUAUUAACGGGUGCAAUUACUUUUAAUGGUGUUUUAUAACAUAGAAAAACUGGAGUUUUCAUGAGUUACAGUAAAUCCCACAGUUACUAAAAAAAAAAAAAAUCAAUACAACAUCCUACGCAACAUGUUACCGUGCCUUUGCCUAACCUAAAUGGAUAGUUGCAGUUAAGUAAGUCAGUAAUUCAAAUUUCAAUGUCUUUUCUGAAGUAACUAUGCUAUGAAUUGCAAAGACCUCCAUGAAACCACCCAUGGCCUUGCCUUUACAGUAACUAUGACAGCUAAGUGUUCAAUUCGUUUGCCUAGAUAGCAAAUGCUGCUGUGUUUGUUUUCUUACGCAACACUCAUCUGCUGUGUGAGCACUGUUUAGUAUUGAAAAACUCAACCUCCUAGUUAUCAGUAUCUUACUGUGAAGAAAUACUGGUCCUAGUUGUAAUUAAGAUACAAAUGGUACCGUGUGUAAUUAAACUAGAGUAACCUGUUGGAAUGGCUCUCUCCCUGUUAUUAAAGCUAGCAUAACAUAAGCAAAAUAGAUACACCGGCACUCCAUGGAGUGCUUUGCCACAUUGUUACCAGAAACCAAAAUUUCCAUACCAAGUUUGUACAGCAAAGUCCUAGGCCAGGUAUAAGAUUGUCUCUAAUAUCGAGAUCCAUAGUUAUUAUUUUUCAUUACCUCUUUUUGAACCUUGCUUUUGAAAUAUUCAUGUACUUUGAUUUCAUAUGGCCAAGACAUUGUACUUGAUGAUUGGUGAUCACUCAUGGAUGUCAAGAGUCCCUAACAGUUGUUUUUCUCCAGUUAUCACAGCAUUGAUACGAAUCCCUGUUCAGGUUAGUGGAGUGAAAUACCAGCUUGUCUACAGUGUGUUACUGUACAUUAAACUGAAAUAAUACAGGAAAGGAUUUUUUAUUUGGAUUAAAAAUAUGAAUACCAUAAAGUUUCUAGAUCAGGCUGUAACUUUUCCAGUGGAAUGCACUUGUAUCCCUAGAGGCUGCUUGCAUGGCCAUAGUGAGGAGAGGACCCUGUGGAGAGGAGGCGUGCCUGUAGAGAGGAGGGCGUCUGAGGAGAGGAAUCAUGGCCUGUGGAGAGGAGGGGCCUGAGGAGAGGAGGCAUGCCCUGAGGAGGAGGAGGAGGACUGAGGAGAGGAGGCAUGCCCUGAGGAGAGGAGGGGUGCCUGUGGAGAGGAGGGACUCCUGAGGAGAGGAGUCCCGGCCUGUGGAAAGGAGGGGUGCCUGUGGAGAGGAGGCAUGCCCUGUGGAGAGGAGGGCACCUGAGGAGAUCCAUGUGUGCUGGGCUCCUGUUCCCUGGCUUUGUGCAGUGCCUGUUGUGAUGUGCUGGGUUCCUGAGUGUGAAAAACUGUUGUUAUCCAGUUUGUAUUUCCUUGGUACAUUUUAAAAACAACACCGUCAUUGACUUUCCAAUUCAGUAAUAAAGUCUGGCAAAGCCUAUUUUGUAAACAAGUUAAUUUUAUAAUGUAAAAAAAGAAAGUUAAUCUAACCUUGACUUGUUAUUUGCACUUUCAUAGUCUAUACUUGAUACAUUCCCACUUUAUAUACAGUAGGAUUCUACAGACCUGUAGAUGUUUGGCCAAAUGAAUGCUGUUAAUAAUAUGUAAAAUUCUUUGAUUAAACAUUUAUUACUUAAA